ACUGAAAAAUAUUCUUGAAGUGCAACAAUUAUUCAAUAAAUUACGCUAAAAAUGCAUUACAUUUUACCCAACUUUCCUCUUCUACCAAAAAAUUCUCAUUGAAUUAUCAAUUUAACCAUUUUAUUCACCAUUCACCAUUUAGAUACCUUAUCAGUUGUUAUCAUAAGACAUCAAUUUUCUUCUCUUCAACUUUCUCAAAAUACGAAAUAUUUCUCUAAUUUUCCCGUGAAACAAAAGUAUUAUUCGAAAUCAUGGCAACCGAAGAGAUAUUCGACUCUUUCGAAGUCGAGGAAGAAGAGCAGCAGCCAACUGUGGAGUAUUCUUCAUCCGGUGGACGUAAACGAAUGUUUUCCAAAGAACUAAGAUGUAUGAUGUAUGGUUUCGGAGAUGAUCAGAAUCCUUAUACCGAGAGUGUUGAUUUCUUGGAAGAUCUCGUGAUCGAAUUCAUCACUGAUAUGACUCAUAAAGCUAUGGAUAUUGGUAAAAGCGGUCGAGUUCAAGUUGAAGAUAUUAUGUAUCUAGUCAGGAAAGAUAAACGGAAGUACGCCAGAGUGAAAGAAUUGCUCAGUAUGAAUGAAGAAUUGAAAAAAGCCAGGAAAGCUUUCGACGAAGUGAAAUACGCUGAUAAAUAACGAAGUAAAAUACAGUUUUUCAAGGUGUUCCCGUAUCGUGGUUUGCAAUUUGUACAUAAUCAUCUCAUUUCUGUUUCGUGUAUUUUUAUUAUUGUAUGCUUUAAUCUUUUUAAUGGUUCUUGAAUUAAAAUAUUUAAAAUUGGUA